CCAGGAUGGUGGCUAUGGACUUUUGAUAAGUCUAAAGUUUUAGCGCCAGUCUGAGCACAUGGGAGGGGAAAGUCCCAAUCCCAGCAUCCGCCGCGAGACUGCUGGCACAAAGCUGGAUAGGGGCGCCAUGACAAGUUUGCGUCCGGAUCCCUGGGAAUUUUGAAGCCGCUCAGCCCCGGCAGUUGGUUGUCAGCGGAAAGAGACUGGCCGGGCCGAGGCCGCUGUCCGCCGUACUCCCUCAGUAGAAUGAAGACGUCGGAGGAACGACCCUUAGCUCCGGACAGCAUCCCUGGGGACCAGGCCCCAGCUCCCGCGCCCAAAGCUUCCCCUGCCAAUCAAAAUACAGACUCUGAGCUGUUGCCACUACCAGGCGGUGGAGAUGAACAGCCCCAGGUGUCCAGAGAUGAGGUGGCUGGCUCAGUUGUGUCUCAGGUGCUGGGGCAAGGGGACCCAGCUUUUCUCUCGACUUCCCGGGAAGUCGAAUUGAACGCUCCUGGUGAGUUGAGCCCUCGAAUCGAGGAGCAAGAACUUUCUGAAAAUGCGAUCCCUCCUGCAGAAGAAACGAACCUGCUGGACUUGGAGUCUGCAGAAGCCAUGGAAGAUGUGUGUGAGGAACCCGCUGCACACGAUGAGAGAGACACCGUUUGGAGCUACAGCUUUUCCCAGCCACCUCGAUACCUCAGUGGGUCCUGGUCCGAGUUCAGCACCCAACCUGAGAACUUCUUGAAAGGUUGUAAAUGGGCCCCUGAUGGUUCCUGUAUCUUGACCAAUAGUGCUGAUAACAUCCUACGGAUUUACAACCUGCCCCCAGAAUUGUACAGUGAAGGGGAGCAGGUGGAAUAUGCAGAAAUGGCUCCUGUCCUUCGAAUGAUGGAAGGGGACACCAUCUAUGAUUACUGCUGGUAUUCUCUGAUGUCCUCCACCCAGCCGGAAACUUCCUAUGUGGCCAGCAGCAGCCGGGAAAACCCAAUUCAUAUCUGGGAUGCAUUCACUGGAGAGCUCCGGGCUUCCUUUCGUGCCUACAACCACCUGGAUGAGCUAACGGCAGCCCACUCACUCUGCUUCUCUCCGGAUGGUUCCCAGCUUUUCUGUGGCUUCAACCGGACUGUACGUGUCUUUUCCACAUCUCGGCCUGGCCGUGAGUGCGAGGUGCGAACCACAUUUGCAAAAAAGCAGGGCCAGAGUGGCAUCAUUUCCUGUAUAGCCUUCAGUCCAUCACAGCCCCUCUACGCUUGUGGCUCCUAUGGCCGCACCCUGGGCCUGUAUGCCUGGGAUGAUGGUUCCCCCCUCACCUUGCUGGGAGGCCACCAAGGGGGCAUCACCCACCUUUGCUUUCACCCUGAUGGCAACAUCUUCUUCUCAGGAGCCCGCAAGGAUGCUGAACUUCUGUGCUGGGAUCUCCGGCAGCCUGGCCAUGUGCUGUGGUCUUUCAGUCGGGAAGUGAUCACCAAUCAACGCAUCUACUUUGAUCUGGACCCGAAUGGGCAGUUCCUAGUGAGCGGCAACACCAGUGGUACUGUCUGUGUGUGGGACACCAGUGGAACUUGCAGUGAUGGAAAGUUGGAGCCUAUGAUGAGUUUUUUGCCCCAGAAGGACUGUACCAAUGGAGUGAGCCUUCACCCUAGCCUGCCUCUACUGGCUACUGCCUCCGGCCAGCGUGUGUUUCCAGAACCUAUGGAUAGUGGGGAUGAAGGGGAGCAGGAGCCGGACCUUCCUCUGCUUUCUCUGCGCCACGUCCACCCAGAAUGUCGGCUUCAGCUCUGGUGGUGUGGCGGGGGGCUGGACCCCAAUAGCCCUGAUGGCCACCAGGAUGAGAAGGGACAAGGAAGGACAGAGGGCUGUGGGGAUGAAUUCAUAUAAAGGUUCUGUAUGACACU